AUGAUGUCGACCGAAGACUGUAAGUCAGAGGUAUACGGAGCAAAGGCACCUGUGAACCCUUUCAGGAAUGACUUUGUGAACGAAUUGACGGGUGACAUGAACUCUUUGAAGUUGUCGCAGAGAUAUAGCGACCGAUUGUUGUCUCAGAGUUUUAUGAACGAUAAGACUCACAUAGCCCUCGACUGUCCUGAAGAAUCCGGCUGGCUUUCUGGCCUAGCAGAAUCUUGUGGUAGUUGCAACACAACUAAAACGUUCAUGUAUGAUUCUCUGAACACUCAGUUGACGCAUGAUAAACUAGAUUAUGCCUUUGAUAGCAAUAUUCCAGCUGAUAUAGCAUCCGAUGAUUUAGGAUUUUCGAACAUGACUCUGCCUCUUUUGGACUACUAUCCGAAUUAUGAAGGUGAGAAGAUGAAUGAUCUGACUCCUACUGAUUCACAUGGUACAUCGCCUUUAUCAAUCAACAAACAGAUGAAUCCACAAAACGGUAUGUACAAAUCGACAAGUACUGCGUACUCGAGUAUUUUGUCCUCAGAAAACUUAUCGUUUGAUAACUCCGCCACUAAGGUGACAUCAAACUACAGGAAAACAUCAUAUACAACUCCUGUAAAGGAAUCCUAUGUUUUUUUGAAGAUACUUGCCACACAAUUGGUGUCUGGUACUAUCAUAGGAAGAGGUGGUAAAGGUCUUAACUGGUUUCGUCGCAAGAGUAAGGUGGAUGAUAUUGUUUUAUCCAUGCCAUGGGAAGUUUAUCCCAAGACCGAAUAUAGAACAUUGCUUCUUAAAGGAACACUAAAGCCAGUAAUAAAGGCCACCUGUAUAAUUGCUGACCUGAUGAAUUCCAGAUACUCUUUUAUGGCAGAAGAUAACAUGAUGGUCAUGGUUGUCUUACCAGAAGUCUUUUUGACAGCGAUGGAAGAGAUAAAACGUACCACUAACCAAAACGUACUGACAAUAACCCUCUUUAGGGACGACAAUGUACAACAUCAGGAAAUCGUUGCCGUAUUGAAGGGGAAUAAAUCAAAGAUAAAGGAUCUAGUUGCAGCGAUAUCUACAUCAAUUAGCGAGACCAUCCCACCCGAGAAGUAUUGCUUUGUUUCAUACCCACCUUCCGAUAUUCACGAUAGUUGUAGUCUAUUGGCUUCUGAUGCAAACAAUGAAGCACUGAGAAGACAAGCAAAGUGGCCACUAGACUCGAGCAUAACACUUGGCUCGUGCCCAAAAGUCAUCAAACAACUCAGAGAUAAUGAAAAUGACACACUGGAGGACCUGUUCAAUGGUCUGGAAAGCCUGACUGAUCACAAGGGAAACAUCAUCACGAAUUCAACAAUCGCUUCAAUUAUCAACAACAAGCCGGAAAUACUAUCAAGUAACCUCGAUGUCCACAUCAAUCUUCACGAGAAUCUUCCUGACAGCAUCAUCGAGGUCGCAUCCGUGUACAACUGUGUAGUCACUCAAACGACUGGCGAGGGCGACAAAAUAAUCAAAUGCAAAAUCACUGGCCCAUUCACUGGAUGUUUUGCCACUGCCUUGAUAAUAUUAAAUAGGACUUCAGAAUCAAAAGAAUUGUAA